GGUGGCGGUGUAGGUUGCGAUCAUUAACUACGUCAUAGCGAUUUGGAGGUUUCGAAAGGUUGCAUCUCUUCCCUUGCCCACUACCACCACCACCUCGAAUCAUUUUCUCUUCUCAUGCCUGAAAAGCGUCUUUCACCUGAGGCCGUCGUGGCUGUUGAUGGCUAUCUAAAACCAAACGUCGACCAUAUCGUGAAAAGACAUGAUUUGUUCAGAAAGGUCAAGGACGAUAUCGAACAACACGAAGGAGGAUAUGACAGUUUCACCAAAGGAUACCUGAAAUUUGGGUUGAACGUUGGAUCCAGUGGAGAAGUCGUCUACAGAGAAUGGGCUCCAAAUGCACAGGAGGCAUUUUUUAUUGGCGACUUUAAUGACUGGAACAGGACAUCACACCCUAUGAAAAAAAACCAGUUUGGUGUUUGGGAGAUUGCAGUGCCUCCGUCGUCGCCAGGUAUCUGCGCCAUUCCACACGAUUCCAAGAUCAAGAUUUCGAUGAUUCUUCCAUCAGGAGAACGUGUAGAACGCAUUCCAGCAUGGAUCAAACGCGUCACUCAGGAACUCAGCGUUUCACCUGUUUAUGAUGCGCGCUUCUGGAAUCCGCCCGAAUCUGAGAAGUACAAGUUCAAAAACCCUCGUCCACCCUACCCGAAAGAUGCAAGAAUCUACGAAUCGCACGUUGGCAUCUCGACUUCCGAACCUAGGGUAGGGACGUACAAAGAAUUUACGGCGAAUGUUUUGCAACGCAUUAAAAAUCUUGGUUACAAUGUCAUUCAAUUGAUGGCCAUCAUGGAGCAUGCCUACUACGCGUCCUUCGGCUACCAGGUGACAAGCUUCUUCGCAAUAAGCUCACGAUACGGAACUCCAGAGGAGCUGAAGGAGCUUAUUGACACGGCACAUGGCAUGGGUCUGACUGUUCUCCUUGACAUUGUUCAUUCCCAUGCUUGCAACAACGUCCUUGACGGGAUAAACGAAUUCGAUGGAACUGAUCAUUUGUACUUCCAUGAGGGAGGCAAGGGCCGACACGACCUUUGGGAUAGCCGUCUCUUCAACUACGGCAAUCAUGAGGUGUUGCGAUUCCUCUUGAGCAAUCUUAGAUUCUACGUGGAGGAAUAUCAGUUCGACGGAUUCCGGUUUGAUGGCGUGACUAGCAUGAUGUAUACGCACCAUGGAAUAGGAGCUGGGUUCUCGGGCGGAUACCACGAAUAUUUCGGCGACUCUGCUGAUCUUGAAGCGAUUGUCUAUCUCAUGCUGGCAAACGACGCCAUGCACUCGUUAUACCCGAAAGUCAUCACUAUAGCCGAGGAUGUUUCCGGGAUGCCUUUGCUUUGUAUCCCUGUAAACAAAGGUGGUGUCGGAUUCGAUUAUCGCCUAUCCAUGGCUAUUCCGGACAUGUGGAUCAAGUUAUUGAAACACAAAACGGACGACGAGUGGGGUAUGGGUGACAUUGUGCAUAUUCUUACGAACCGGAGGUUUGGUGAAAAAAGCGUGGCGUACUGUGAGAGCCAUGACCAGGCCCUCGUGGGAGACAAAACCCUCGCGUUUUGGUUGAUGGAUAAAGAAAUGUAUACUCAUAUGUCGGACUUGACACCGAUGACGCCUGUCAUAUCUCGGGGCAUCGCGCUUCAUAAGAUGAUUCGAUUUCUGACACACUCUCUGGGCGGCGAAGGGUACCUGAAUUUUGAGGGGAAUGAAUUUGGACAUCCCGAAUGGCUCGACUUCCCCAGAGAGGGUAACGGCAACUCAUUCCACUAUGCACGCCGCCAGUGGAACGUGGUUGACGACCCUUUACUUCGGUACAAGUACCUCAAUAACUUUGACAGCGCAAUGAAUCAUGCAGACGAGAAGUAUAGCUGGCUUUCUGCUCAACCGGCGUACGUCUCCCUAAAACACGAGGUCGAUAAAGUGAUUGUAUACGAGCGUGCGGGUCUGCUUUUCAUAUUCAACUUCCAUCCGACGCAGAGUUUCACGGACUAUCGAGUUGGGGUAGAUGAAGCGGGGAAGUACAGUGUGAUUUUGUCAAGUGAUGAAGUGCGGUUCGGCGGUUUCGACAACGUCAAGUUAGGUGGGGAAUACUUUACCACUCCCAUGGAAUGGAACAAUAGGAAGAACUGGCUUCAGGUCUACAUUCCGACUAGAACCUGCUUGGUUCUGGCGAAGCAAGGAAACAACUAAAUUUGUACUGGUUCAAUUUGAAGGCUUUUGGGGCGCUCCUCCAUGUAUAUUAGUAGACUUCUUUUCUGUAUCAUUUUGCACAAUAGAGCCCAGAUAAGGAUAGUAUUAACAGCAGGAAGAAGAAUAUAAUCAGGUCGAUCAUGAUCGGACACGAUCUCCGACUCGAGGCCUGUUCCGCG